GCCAGCUGAUACGAUAAAACUCCCAUCGAGGAGCAUGUAGAACAGGAAAAAGGCAAUUAUAACUACUAAAUACAUUCUUAGCUUCAUCUUCGUAACACAAAACAAGCUUAAAAUGAAUUCCCUAGUGCGUAAUAGUUGGUCAUUAGCAUGCCGCACGUUUUCAACAUCGCUGGUGCGACAAUGCGCUCAGCCGCCUAAGAAGAAGCCGAAGCAGUUCUUCGGGCCUAUAACGUGGAAGUCCAUGGCGGUGACGGCGGUGGUGGGCGGCGGGCUGACGGGCUUCAUGCUGUACGUGAGGCAAGAGAAGCAGGCGGCGGUGGAUAGGGAACGUAAGCGGCAGCUCGGCAAGGCUAAGAUCGGAGGAGAUUUUGAGCUUGUUGACACGCAGGGCAAACUGGUAAAGAGUGCGGAUCUCCUAGGCAAAUGGCUAUUGAUAUACUUCGGAUUCACCCAUUGCCCUGACAUUUGUCCUGACGAGUUGGAGAAAUUAGCGGAGGUUGUCAACAAACAUGAUGCUACUCCAUCUGCACCAGAGUUGCAGCCAGUAUUCAUAUCAGUUGAUCCUAAGAGAGAUACACCAGACAUUGUGGGAAAGUACUGCAAAGAAUUCUCGCCGCGGUUCCUUGGCUUGACCGGCACGGUGGAGCAAGUUCAGAAGGCGUGCAAGUCGUACAGGGUGUACUUUAGCGCGGGGCCGCAGGACGUCGACAAUGACUAUAUUGUGGAUCACACGAUUAUCAUAUAUCUGGUGAACCCUGAGGGCGAGUUCGUGGACUACUACGGGCAGAACCGCAACGCGAAAGAGAUCCACGACUCCAUGCUGGUCAACAUACAGAAGUACGAGGCCUCCAAGAAGUCCUCGUGGUUCUAGUCGGGUCAUUACGCGGGAAAACGAGUUCUCUUCUGUUCUCGAAGUUAAAAAUGUUUCAGGUUAUUUUCUGGUAAAGUAAUGACGCUAAGGCACGAGAAAUAGGUUAGAUGACACAUUUUUAUUAAUGGUAUCAAUCGAUCAGGUUUGUUUUUGGGAUCAAAUGUCUAUAUGGGACCCUAAAAGCCGGCCAAGUGCGAGUCGGACUCGUGCACGAAGGGUUCCGUACCAUUACGAAAAAAAAACGGCAAAAAAAUCACGUUUGUUGUAUGGGAGCCCCAUUUAAAUAUUUAUAUUAUUCUGUUUUUAGUAUUUGUUGUUAUAGCGGCAACAGAAAUACAUCAUCUGUGAAAAUUUCAACUGUCUAGCUAUCACGGUUCAUGAGAUACAGCCUGGUGACAGACAGACAGACAGACGGACAGACGGACAGCGGAGUCUUAGUAAUAGGGUCCCGUUUGGGUACGGAACCCUAAAAAUGGUUAUUUUCUGGUAAAGUAAUGACGUUAAGGCACGAAAAAUAGGCUACAUGACAAAUUUUUAUUAAUGGUAUCAAUCGAUCAGGUUUGUUUUUGGGAUCAAAUGUCUAUAAUUGCAUUAAAGCAAUACAAAAGUCAGACAUGAAAGUCAAAGCGACAGUCGUACUUCACUCACGAAACGCUCCUAACAAAACGAUAAGUGAACGUGACGUCAAGGUCACUGUGAGCCCAUCUUGAAUGUAUGGGAAAAAAGUAAAAUUGCGAUUUUGUCGGUAAAAUAUUGCGUUUAUGCAUAUAGUUGCUAUACAAUCUUUUUUUGGAUAAAAUGUAAGGAAUUGAAUGGUACCCUUACUUUAUUACUCUUUGGAAGUUAGAAAAACGUUAAAUUUUUAGAUCCUGUAUUUUUUAUCAUUUCCAUAUAUUAUUUUAAUAUCCACAUUAUUGCGAUAAAUUGCCCAUUUGCUAUCUAUUUUACUAGAUUUGGUUAUAAAAUUCAACAUGUGUCAUCAUAGACUUAUAUGAAUACCGUGAUUACCUUUUGUAUUGUUUUUGAGCUCCCGAUAUUUUGACGCAGUUACAUGCAUCUUGUUCACGGGUAAACUGAAGAUAGCGGGUUGGUGUCAAACUAAUCGUGAAUCACAAAACUUCCGUGAGACACAGACAUAUUAAAUAUAUUAAUAACGGGUCACUCACGUAUUUUAAGCCGAAAAACGCUCGACAUGUUUCACUCCACCGAGUCAUCGGGCGCGCAGGGCUGCGGCCCGCUGUCUGCGCCGGUCCGUCACCGUCAACGCAAGCUCCUGAUGAUACUACUCGGUACGGAGUAAAACAUGUCGAGCGUUUUUCGACUUAAAAUAUGUGAAUGACCCGUUAUUAAUAUAUUAAAUCGUGAACCAUUCAAAACUGUUAUGUGUCAUCAUCCCUAUUUGUCCAAUAGCAAUAUCGCAUGCGGUAGAUAGGAACAGGCGGGUCAGUGUACGAAAUUUUCGUCCUUAGCGUCCUUACUUUAGUGAUCUGUGACUUACGAAAACACGUUCACUAGACUUAUAUUGACCGUGAUUAUAUUGCUCCCGAUAUUUCGACGCAUUUACAUGAAUCAUGUUCACGGGUGCGACGAAAUAUCGGGAGCUCACAAAUAAUACAAAAGGUAAUCACGGUCUAUAUCCCGGUCAAUAUAAGUCUAGUGAAACUAACCGUGAAUCAUUAAAAACUCUAAUUGAAAACACGUUCGUUCAUUUGACCAAUGCCUAAUAAUAUUGUAUAGAAUGAUGAUGUUGGCUGGACGACUGGGUGCUGUACUUUUUUGGUUUAGGUACAUAGUUUUUAUUGUUCCGUACCCAAAGGGUAAAAACGGGACCCUAUUACUAAGACUCCGCUGUCUGUCACCAGGACGUAUCUCAUGAACCGUGAUAGCUAGACAGUUGAAAUUUUCACAGAUGAUGAUGAUGAUUGCCGCUAUAACAAUAACUACUAAAAAGUACGGAACCCUCGGUGCGCGAGUCCGACUCGCACUUGGCCGGUUUUUUUUAGUUUAAGAUCAUAUGGAAUAGGCAACUUUUGGGCUUUAUCAAAAUUUUAAUAAAAAAACUUCCGUGAGACACAGACAUAUUAAACAUAUUAAAAACGGGUCACGGUCACUCACGUAUUUUAAGUCGAAAAACGCUUGACAUUUUUCGGAGUGAAACAUGUCGAGCGUUUUUCGACUUAAAAUACGUGAGUGACCCGUUAAAAUUGUGGGAAAUUCAGUUAUGUUCUUAACUUUCGGGAACAGAAAAGACAACUAAAAUCUGUGAAUGACCUAAUCCGUACAAAGCUUUUAAUUAGAUUAGACAUGCCUAUAGUUUCGAACUAUUUUUGUUUAAGUGAAAUAAAUUAAUUUGUUA